CAGCACAGCAGUCACGUGCGGGAGGUGGUGUUUACAGUUCCUGCUCGUGUCGCUUAUUCAGUUUUGUCCGGUGAUCUUUGAUAUCCAUCUUGGAAAUGACGGACACUGUUGAAGUAUGUGAGAAGAAGCAAUGCCAUCUUAAUAACGACUCUGUAUCAGACAUGAUUGAGUUUCUCAGCAUUGAUGUGGAUCUGAGCUCCAGCACAACGAAUAGAGAGGAAACCUCAUGCUCUAAAAAUGUGAUGCGAAAGCAGCGUAACUGGGAAAGGAUAAUGGAGGCAAAGAAGAGCAAAAGGAAAGAAGAGAAACAGAGAAGGAAGCAGAACCAGCAAGAAAAAGACGCUCCUGAGUUUAGCAAACGUGUGAUGAAGGCGAUUACAAAAGAGCGAUUAGAAGAGGCCAGAGCUACUGGACCGAGACUCUGUGUGGACCUGAGCAUGACCGACUGCAUGUCACACAAAGAGAUCUGUCGUCUGGCAGGUCAGAUAAGACGACUCUAUGGGUCCAAUAAGAAAUCCACACAGCCAUUCCACCUCUUGCUGACUGACAUGAAAGAAGAUGGUUUGCUUUACAAGGAAUGCAUCAGAAUGAAUGAAGGCUUCCUCAACUACUUGAUUGACAUCACAGAUGAGAGCUGGAUUGAUCUGUUUCCCUGUGCUGAUGUUGUUUAUCUAACUCCAGAUGCUCCUGAAGCUUUAGAACAAGUGGAUGAAGAAAAAAUCUACAUUCUCGGAGGACUAGUGGAUGAGAGCAUUCAAAAGAAAAUAAGCUUUGCUCGGGCUCAAGAGCUGGGCGUUCACAUGGCACGGCUACCUAUUGAUGAGUACAUGGUAAAGAAACCCAACUCCAAGAACUUCCACUCCAAAAUCUUAGCCAUCAACCAAGUAUUUGACAUCCUACUGACCUUUCGUGACACUGGAAGCUGGAGCAAAGCCCUCACUGCUGGAGUUCCAGAGGGGAAAGGAUACACAGUAUCAUUAGAAGCUGUGUCUGACCUACCUCGAUAACUCGGACUUCAUGAAGACAUAUUAUUUUAGACAGAAAUCAUUUUUUAAUAUACAGCAGUUCAUCAGUGAAAUAAGAAGAAACACUGAACUGAAAACUGAAGACUGAACAUAUUCAGAACCUGUUCUUAUCUUACGCCCAGCCCCGCUGGCCUGGACUGUCAUUGUCGUUUUAAACCAUCAUAGCCUGUGGUGGGAACUUACUACAUAUUUAUUCAUAGACCAUUGCUGUUGGCCCAUAGGGACUAAAACAUUUUGCCCAUUCAGGUGUUAGAAAUUGUUGUUAGAACUGCAGUUUAUUGCUGGAAAAUAAUCUGUUUUUAGAAUUAUUUUACUAGCAAUUAAUUGGGUCUUUGUGGUAAUCACAGUGGAUGAUUUGUUAAAAACAAAUAAAAUGAAUGUUACAUAUAAUACUUUUAUAAAUUACACAUUACAAACACAUCACAAGACAGGAGAGUGAACACUGCAACCUCAAACUCAUUCUUACUGUCUUACAAUAACUACAUUUUAAAUGAAUGAUGUUUAU